AUGAUGGCACAGCUGCUUGUACCGCCAGGACCAGACAGCUUCCGCCCGUUUUGUCGUGAGUCCCUCGAUGCCAUCGAGAGGCGGAUCGCUGACGAGAACGCCAAGAAGUCCAAGGCGAAGCCCAACAACGAUGACGACGACGGGCCUAAGCCCAGCAGUGACCUGGAGGCUGGCAAAUCACUGCCACUCAUAUAUGGGGACAUUCCCAAAGGAUUGGUGUCCACACCACUGGAGGACUUGGACACCUUCUACAGCAAUCAGAAAACCUUUAUAGUGUUGAACCGAGGGAAGGCCAUCUUCCGCUUCAACGCCACUCCUGCAUUGUAUGUCUUAAACCCCUUCAACGCUCUUAGAAGAAUAUCAAUUAAGGUUUUGGUUCACUCAUUGUUCAGCAUGGUAAUCAUGUUGACAAUCCUUACCAACUGUGCGUUUAUGACCCUGAGUCAGCCCCCGGAAUGGACAAAGAAUGUAGAAUACACAUUCACUGGAAUCUAUACAUUUGAAUCUCUUAUAAAAAUUCUGGCAAGGGGCUUCUGUGUGGGGAAGUUUACCUUUCUCCGAGACCCAUGGAACUGGUUGGAUUUCUGUGUUAUUGUCAUGGCAUAUGUCACAGAGUUUGUGGACCUGGGCAAUGUCUCAGCACUGAGAACGUUCAGGGUUCUCCGAGCUUUGAAAACUAUAUCGGUCAUCCCAGGCCUGAAGACCAUUGUGGGAGCGCUGAUCCAGUCAGUGAAGAAACUGUCAGACGUGCUGAUCCUCACUGUAUUCUGCCUAAGUGUCUUUGCCCUAGUAGGGCUGCAGCUGUUCAUGGGCAAUUUAAGAAACAAAUGUUUAAGGAUCCCUCGUAACUCAACCAACGUCUCUGAUGAUUCAUUCGACUUUAAUGGGACGGACCUUAACAAGACCAGCUCGUUCAACUGGACCUAUUACAUGAAUGAUUCCAAAAAUUAUUACUACCUCCCAGGUAAAAAAGAUGCUUUGCUUUGUGGAAAUGGCAGUGGUGCCGGGCUGUGCCCAGAGGGAUUCUGGUGCAUCAAAGCGGGCCGGAACCCAGAUUAUGGCUACACCAGCUUUGACACGUUCAGCUGGGCCUUCCUGUCUCUGUUCAGACUGAUGACUCAGGACUACUGGGAGAACCUCUACCAGCAGACCCUGAGGGCUGCUGGGAAGCCAUACAUGAUCUUCUUUGUGUUGGUCAUCUUCCUGGGCUCCUUCUACCUUAUCAACCUAAUCCUGGCUGUGGUUGCCAUGGCCUACGACGAGCAGAACCAGGCCACCAUUGAGGAGGCUCAGCAGAAGGAGGAGGAGUUUCAGAAGCUGAAGAGACAGCAGGAGGACGCACAGGCGGCGGCAGCGGUGACAGCGGCUGAGAGUGGGGAGUUCAGUGAGAGAGGGGAGCUCACUGACACCUCCUCAGAGGCCUCCAAACUCAGUUCCAAGAGUGCUAAAGAGAGACGCAACAGGCGCAAGAAGAAAAAGCAGAGAGAGGAGGAGGAGAGAGGGGACAAUGACAAGUUUCACAGGUCUGAGUCUGAGGGCAGUAUGCAAAAGAGUCAUUUCCGCUUCUCCAUAGAUGCCUCCAACCUGCUCAACUACGACAUGAGAUGUUCCACACCACACCAGUCCUUCCUGAGUAUCCGUGGACCCCUGUUCUCAUCCAGACGAAACAGCCAGGCAAGCCUCUUCAGCUUCCGGGACCGAGCGCAAGACAUGGGCUCGGAGAACGACUUUGCCGACGACGAGAACAGUACUUUCGAGGACAACGACAGUCGCCGGGGAUCUCUGUUUGUCCCCCGGCGGAGCGACCGGCGCUCCAGCAACCUCAGCCAGAACAGCAUGCCGUCACAUGUCCUGUUGCCGGCCAAUGGGAAGAAGCACAGCUCCGUGGACUGCAAUGGGGUGGUGUCCCUGGUGGGCGGGGCUUCACUUCCCACAUCACCUGAGGGACUCCUUCUGCCAGACGUGACAGUAGAUAAAGCCUCUACCGAUGACAACGGCAACACUACGGAGCCAGAGUACAGAAAGGCCCGAUGUGAAUCGUACCAGGCCUCUAUGAACUUCCUGGAGGACCCAGGGGCCAGGCAGAGGGCCUUCAGUGUAGCUAGUGUUAUAACUAAUACUAUGGAAGAACUUGAAGAGUCGAGACAGGAGUGCCCUCCUUGCUGGUACAAGUUCUCCAACACCUUCCUCAUCUGGGACUGUUGUCCGGCAUGGCUGAGGAUCAAGAAGACAGUCAAGAUGAUCGUGAUGGACCCGUUUGUAGACCUGACUAUUACCAUAUGUAUUGUUCUGAACACAGUGUUCAUGGCUAUGGAGCACCACUCAAUGUCUGGGAAUUUCAAAAGAAUGCUUUCUGUGGGAAACCUGGUGUUCACAGGUAUCUUCACAGCUGAGAUGUGUUUCAAGAUUAUUGCUUUGGAUCCGUACUGUUAUUUUAAGGAAGGCUGGAAUAUAUUUGAUGGUAUCAUUGUCAGUUUGAGCUUGAUGGAGAUUGGCUUGGCCAACGUGUCUGGAAUGUCUGUCCUCAGAUCAUUCCGAUUGCUGAGAGUAUUCAAACUGGCCAAGUCUUGGCCCACACUGAACAUGCUGAUCAAGAUCAUUGGUAACUCAGUGGGGGCUCUGGGUAACCUCACCCUGGUCCUGGCCAUCAUCGUCUUCAUCUUCGCCGUGGUGGGCAUGCAGCUGUUUGGGAAGAAAUACAGAGACUAUGUGUGUAAGAUCUCUACAGACUGCACACUGCCCCGGUGGCACAUGCAUGACUUCUUCCACUCCUUCCUGAUUGUGUUCCGGGUGCUGUGUGGGGAGUGGAUCGAGACCAUGUGGGACUGUAUGGAGGUGGCUGACCAGAGCAUGUGUCUCAUCGUCUUCAUGAUGGUCAUGGUCAUCGGGAACCUGGUGGUCCUGAAUCUGUUCCUGGCCCUGCUGCUGAGCUCGUUCAGUGCUGAUAACCUGGCGGCCACGGACGAUGACAGCGAGAUGAACAAUCUGACGGUGGCCAUAGGCCGCAUCCACCAGGGCAUCGCCUUUGUCAAGGCCUUGGUGUGCCACUCCUUCCACAGCAUCUGUCUGAGGAAAAAGAAGGGGAGCAUGAAUGAGGACAAGCCCCUGGAUGACCUCCACAGAAGCAACUACAACUCCAACCACACCACUGUGGAGAUCAUGAAAGACCCUGAAUACGUGAAGGAUGACAAUGGCACCACCGGUGGGGUAGGCAUGGGAAUGGGUAACAAUGCAGCAGGGAAGUACAUAGUCAACGACAACACUGACUACAUGCAGUUCAUCCACAACCCCAGUCUGACCGUCACGGUGCCCAUCGCUGUGGGGGAGUCGGACUUUGAAAACCUCAACACUGAGGACUUCAGCAGCGAUUCCUCGGACAUAGAGGGAAGCAAAGAGCAGCUAGCUAAAGACCGUCCGCUGAGCUCAUCAGAGGGCAGUACAGUGGACAUCAGGCCCCCAGGAGAGAGAGAGGGCUCGGUGGACAUGGAGCCUGAGGAGUCCAUGGAAGCUGAAGGAUGCUUCACUGAUGGCUGUGUCCGUAGAUUCCAAUGCUGCCAAGUGAACGUUGAGGAGGGCAAGUGGAAGAUGUGGUGGACAUUGAGGAAGACCUGCUUCAGAAUAGUGGAGCACAACUGGUUUGAGAGCUUUAUCAUCUUCAUGAUCCUGCUCAGCAGUGGAGCACUGGCAUUUGAGGACAUCUACAUCGAACAGAGGAAGACCAUUAAAACGGUGUUGGAGUUUGCGGACAAAGUCUUCACCUACAUCUUCAUCCUGGAGAUGUUGCUGAAAUGGGUGGCCUAUGGAUUCGCCAAAUACUUCACCAACGCCUGGUGCUGGUUGGACUUUCUUAUUGUUGACGUCUCUUUGGUCAGCCUUGUGGCCAACGCCCUGGGCUACGCUGAGCUGAGUACCAUCAAGUCCCUGAGGACGCUGCGAGCGCUGAGGCCCCUGAGAGCGCUGUCCCGCUUCGAGGGCAUGAGGGUGGUCAUCAACGCUCUGCUUGGAGCCAUCCCCUCCAUCUUCAAUGUGCUGCUGGUGUGCCUCAUCUUCUGGCUCAUCUUCAGCAUCAUGGGUGUCAACCUGUUUGCAGGGAAAUACUACCAUUGUAUCAACAUGACCACGAGGGAGCGCUUCGAAGUCAGAGACGUGGCUAACAAGACAGAAUGUUUGGCUUUGAAAGGUACCCACUGGAAGAAUGUGAAGAUCAACUUUGAUAACGUGGGAGCAGGCUAUCUGGCACUGUUACAAGUGGCUACAUUCAAAGGCUGGAUGGACAUCAUGUAUGCAGCUGUGGACUCUCGCAAUUUGGAUGAUCAACCCGACUACGAAGUGAAUCUGUACAUGUAUCUGUACUUUGUGGUAUUCAUCAUAUUUGGAUCCUUCUUCACACUCAACCUCUUCAUUGGUGUCAUUAUAGACAACUUCAAUCAGCAAAAGAAAAAGUUUGGAGGUCAAGACAUCUUCAUGACAGAGGAACAGAAGAAAUACUACAAUGCUAUGAAGAAGCUUGGCUCAAAGAAACCCCAAAAGCCUAUCCCUAGGCCAGUGAACAAGUUUCAAGGAUUUGUUUUUGAUUUCAUUACAAAGCAAGCCUUCGACAUUGUCAUCAUGAUUCUUAUAUGCCUUAAUAUGGUCACCAUGAUGGUGGAGACGGAUGACCAGACAAGCGACAUUCGUAAAAUUCUCUACAAUAUCAACCUGGUGUUUAUUGUCAUGUUCACCGGAGAGUGUAUUCUGAAGAUGAUCUCACUCCGACAAUACUACUUUACCAUUGGUUGGAAUGUAUUUGACUUUAUCGUUGUUAUCCUGUCGAUAAUUGGUAUGUUUCUCUCAGAACUGAUAGAGAAGUACUUGGUUUCACCAACCUUAUUCCGAGUCAUUCGACUGGCCCGAAUUGGCCGUAUCCUUCGCCUCAUCAAGAGUGCCAAGGGAAUCCGUACACUCUUGUUUGCGUUGAUGAUGUCACUUCCUGCAUUGUUCAACAUUGGUCUUCUGCUCUUCUUAGUGAUGUUUAUCUAUGCAAUCUUUGGCAUGUCAAACUUUGCAUACGUCAAGAAGGAGUCUGGGAUUGACGACAUGUUCAACUUUGAGACGUUCGGCAACAGCAUGAUCUGCCUGUUCCAGAUCACCACGUCAGGGGGCUGGGACGGCCUGCUGGCCCCUAUCCUCAACAAGGGAGAGCCAGACUGCGACAGCCGGAAAGAGUACCCAGGAAGCACGUACAAGGGGGGAGACUGUGGAAACCCCCCUGUGGCCAUUCUCUUCUUUGUGAGCUACAUAAUCAUAUGUUUCCUUGUUGUGGUCAACAUGUACAUUGCUGUCAUCUUAGAGAACUUCAGUGUGGCCACUGAGGAGAGCGCUGAGCCCCUGAGCGAGGAUGACUUUGAGAUGUUCUACGAGGUCUGGGAGAAGUUUGAUGCGCGGGCCACCCAGUUCAUGGAGUAUGACAAGCUGUCAGACUUUGCUGAUGCGCUAGACCCCCCGCUACGCAUCUCUAAGCCCAACAAGAUCCAGUUGAUCUCCAUGGAUUUACCCAUGGUGAGUGGGGAGCGCAUCCACUGCCUGGACAUCCUGUUUGCCUUCACCAAACGUGUCCUGGGCGAGGGCGAAGGCUUGGACAUCCUCCGGGGUCAAAUGGAGGAGCGCUUUAUGGCCUCCAACCCCUCCAAGGUGUCCUACGAACCAAUCACCACCACACUGCGCCGCAAGCUAGAGGACAUGUCUGCCCUGGUCAUCCAGAGAGCUUUCAGACGAUAUCUUCUCAAGCGUAUUGUUAAGCGGGCCUCUGCCAUAUAUAAGGAGAAGAUACAAAGUGGAGGCACGCUCCUUGAUAAAGAGGUUCUCGUCAUAGACACAUUUAACGAGAUCUCUACUUCAGACAGAACUGACAUGACACCCUCCACAGCUUCUCCCACAUCAUAUGACAGUGUCACAAAACCUGAUAAAAACAAAUAUGAAAAAGACAAGAGAAAGAAGGAGGUGAAGGAGAAAAAAAAGUACAUGGAUGUUGGGAAGAUUUAG